UUGAUUCAGAACAAAAGAUUCAUAGUUUCGAAGCUUCGUGGAGAAGUGUUGUGAUUUUGCCCAUUACCACAUUAUACGUUCCUGUUUCAAAUCGAAACAGAUUUAGACGUGGACUCUCUAAUAAGGAAAGCAGUGAAUCAAACCUGACUGAUUAUAUCUUCGAAAUAACCGGGAUGGAAAACUGCCUGGUUAUAAAGAUGGAGCAGCGUGAAAACAGCAGUACAAUGCCAGAUGUGAAGACAACAAACCGCCAAUCCUCACGAAGGCAAAGGCGGGAGAAUGAAAAAUAUCAGAAGGAACUGAAAGAAGAUUCGGUCACUAACCAUCAAUGUGGGAUGCCUUUCAUUCAAGAAGCAAACCAUAAGCAGCACAUGAGAAUUCACUCCGAAGAGAAAGCUUUCACCUGUUCUGAAUGUGGAAAGAGAUUCAAAAAUAAAAGGAUCCUUAAUGACCACAUGACCAGUCACUCCGAAGAGAAAGCUUUCAUCUGUUCUGAAUGUGGAAAGAGUUUCAAAAAGAAGAGGGUCCUUAAUGACCACAUGAUUGUUCACACUGGAGAGAAACCUUUCACAUGCUCUGAGUGUGGAAAGAGUUUCAAACUGAAGAGGAUCCUUAAUCAACACAUGAAAAUCCACAGUGUAGAGAAACCUUUCACCUGCUUCGUGUGUGGAAAGAGUUUCAAAAUGGAGAAGGUCCUUAAACAACACAUGAAAAUUCACACUGGAGAAAAACCUUUCACCUGCUCUGAGUGUGGAAAAGGUUUCACAGUGAAACAAAACCUUAAAUAUCACAUGAGAAAUCACACUGGAGAGAAACCCUUUACCUGUUCGGAGUGUGGAAAGAGUUUCAUCGUCAACAAGAGUCUUAAGCAACACAUGAAAGUUCACACUGGAGAGAAGCUUUUCACCUGCUCUGAGUGUGGAAGGGGCUUUGGUUUUAAACAAUCCCUUGAGAAGCACAUGAGAAUUCACACUGGAGAGAAACCUUUCAUAUGUGCCGAGUGUGGAAACAGUUUCAGAGAGAGACAAAAUCUUAAUGUUCACAUGAGAAUUCACACUGGUGAAAGGCCAUACGUGUGCCCUCACUGUGGGAUGCAUUUCUUUGAGCAAGCAAGUCUUGAGGAGCAAAUGAGAAUUGACUCUGAAGAGAAACCAUUCAAUUGCUCUCAGUGUGGAAAAAGUUUCACAGUGAAACAAAAGCUUGAGGCUCAUUUAAGGAUUCACACUGGAGAGAAACCAUUCACCUGCCCUCAUUGUGGAAAAAGUUUCACGCAACAGGGUCAGCUUAACAUUCACAUGAGAAGUCACACUGGAGAGAAACCUUUCAUCUGUCCUCAAUGUGAUAAGAGUUUCACAUCGAAACAAAGCCUUAAAAGUCACAUGAGAAUUCACACUGGAGAAAAACCUUUCACCUGCCCUCAGUGUGAAAUGAGCUUCACACAGCAAGGAUACCUUAAACGUCACAUAAGAACUCACACUGAUGAGAAACCUUUCACUUGUCCUCAGUGUGGGAAGAGUUACAAAGUCAAACAAAGCCUCGAGAGUCACUUGAGAGUUCACACUGGAGAAAAGCCGUUCAUCUGCCCUCAGUGUGGAAAAGGAUUCACAGCAAAACAGUGUCUUAAAAGUCACAUGAGCAUUCACAUUGGAGAGAAACCUUUCACCUGCUCCAUCUGUGGGAUGAGCUUCACACAACAUCAAAGUCUUAAACGUCACAUGUGGACUCACACUGGAGAGAAGCCUUUCAUUUGCCCUGAAUGUGGAAAGAGUUUUGCAGUGAAACAAAGCCUCGAGAGUCACAUGAGAAUUCACACUGGAGAGAGACCUUUCUCCUGCCCUCAGUGUGGAAAGAGAUUUGCAGUGAAACAAAGCCUCGAGAGUCACAUGAGAGUUCACACUGGAGAGAAACCUUUCUCCUGCCCUCAGUGUGGAAAGAGAUUCACAGUGAAGCAAAGCCUCGAGAGCCACAUGACCACUCAUACUGGAGAGAAACCUUUCACCUGCUCCGAGUGUGGAAAGAGUUUCACAAUGAAGCAAAAGCUUGAGAGACACAUGAAAAUCCACACUGAAGAUAAGCUUUACAUCUGCCCUUUAUGUGGGAACAGUUUCACAAUGAAGACCAACCUUGAGAGACACAUGAAAAUUCAUACUGAAGAGAAGCCUUUCGCCUGCUUUGUGUGUGGAAAGAGUUUUAGAAUAAAGCAAAACCUUGAUGGUCACAUGAGAGUUCACACUGGGCUGAAGCCCUUCAUCUGCUGUGAAUGUGGGAAAAGUUUCACUGUGAAACAAAGCCUUGAGAGUCACAUGAAAAUUCACAAUGAAGCAACGGCGUUCACCUGCUCCGAGUGUGGAAAGAGUUUCACAGUGAAACAAAACUUAGAGAAUCACAUGAGAAUUCACACUGGAGAGAAACCUUUCACCUGCCCUCAGUGUGGAAAGAGUUUCACACAACACGUACACCUGAAACGUCACAUGAGAAUUCAUUUUGACGCAGUUGGGGAAUCUUCUCUGCUAUCUCCUGUCUACACCAUCCAUCCAGAUGAAGUGAUAGCAGUCAUAGCGUAUCAGGACACCCACCAGCUGUCGGAGCAGAGUGAUGUAGUCAAUCUGUUUAUAUGAUUAUUUGGCCGUGACCAAUAAGAGACCAAUGGGACAAUUUGGUCAGGAUGCCACUUUUACACCCCUACUCUUAAUGAGAAAAUGUUUCUGUUGAUCAUUAUAAUGGAAAAUGCACUGUUUCCCCUUCAUUUUAAAGUUCCACAAUUAUUCUACAUAUUCUAAAUGUUUGUUGUAAUUGUUUGUUAAAGGGAUACUCCACCCCAAAUUGAAAAUCUUCAAUCACUUACGACCAUGUCGUUCCAAACCCGUAAAAGGUUUGUUCGUCUUCGGAACACAAUUUAAGAUAUUUUGGAUGAAAACCGGGAGGCUUGGGACUGUCCCAUUGAUUGCCAAGUACCUUACACUGUCAAGGUCCAGAAAAGUAUGAAAGACAUCAUCAAAAUAGUCCUUCUGCCAUCAGUGGUACAAACGUUAUGUUAUGAAGCAACCAGAAUAUUUUUUUGUACACGAAUAAAACAAAAAUAACAACUUUAUUCAACAAUUUGUCUCCUUUGUGUCUCUCCACAUCACUGUUAUUCUUGUUUUCUUUGUUUACAAAAAGUAUUCACGUCACUUCAUAAUGUUACGGUUGAACCACUGAUGGCAGAUGGACUAUUCUGACGAUGAGUCAAUCUUUCCAAAUGGGAUUGUACCAGGAAACCAGCAAAUCUUUAAAAAUUGGUUCCAGCAUAAAGGAUAAGCACAGGUGAGUACCAUUUGGAAGGACAACAGUUUGUCCAAAAAAAAAAAUUCUUUAUUGUUCUACUGAGGAAAUAAAAAAAUGUAAAUAAAAAAUCAAGUCAGAACUUCUCAUUUUUGGGUGAAGUGUCCCUUUAAGUUUCAUUAAUCUGUGAAAAGCAGAACUGUAACACAUGGAAAGUGCUCAUUUUACAUGAAUUUAUCCAAGAAACACACUGGUUGUUGUUUAAAGUAGGUUAAAGUAGUCUAUUCAUGACCACAUACACAGUUAAGCAGAAAAUCCCUAAAACCUUUUACUGAUAUAAGAGCAUGUAUGCUUCUGUUUAGAUACAAUCAGAGCUUUGACCAAUACAAAUAUCUAAGGUUUUUCAAUAAACUUCUCAUUUCUUAUCACUUUAUUUCCCACCUCAUGCCCUUCUCCUGCUACAGAAGAGUUAACUUGAGAGUACUUUUGAAUAGUUUCGAAUGUCAGACAAAAAUCUUCCUGGCAGGGAGGCAGUGACGACUUCUAAAAGGACUGGCCCAGUUUUUCCUGACUGAACUGCUGCAAAACAGAAAGUCAAUGUUAGUUGUUUAUCACUUUCAUUCAGAGAUUGUUUCAUCCUUUUGUGACUGAUGUACAGUAUUGUAUAUAUAAGUGAAUCAGCUAUCUUGAGGUAGAAAAAAAUGCAGGACUUGAUUUUGUCCAUCUGAAAUUGACUGGAGCAUUGUUGUUUGCUAUUUUUAUGAUCUUAGGUCAUUGUACACACAUCAUGAGAUAAGAGAUGUCAUUUCAAGGGGUAGGGAAAGUUAUUUUGAUUAAAAAUUAAAAGAGCACAUUAAUUGUAAAUAAUAAUAAUGAU